UCAGGGCGAGGGGGCGGGAUUUCCGGAGGAAGCAGGCUGGGGCGUUGUGUGUUGGCCUCGGCUCCUAGUCCUGGAGGCGGAGGCUGUGAUUAGUCUGCCUUUCGCUGGUGGGCAUCGCAUGCCUAACUGAGCCUACAGAUCGUUGAGGAGAUCUGCCGGACAGAGCGAGCGGCCUGCCGGGCUCGGGUCGGCGCCUGAAGGGUCAAGGUCGGGGCUCGCCAGACGCCCGAGGGGUGAAGUUUGUGUUCCGCCUUGGGGAAGGCACUGCUAAGUGACACCACCUCGCCUGUAGUGUCUUCACUGACCAAAUUUCCUUUACUCAGGCUCCCACACCGGGACUAGAAGGAGCCCACGAGUUCCCACACGGGUCUGUGGAAACUGUCCCUUGACUGUUGGCGAAGAUGCCAUACCUUGGCUCCGAGGACGUGGUGAAGGAACUGAAGAAGGCUCUGUGUAACCCUCAUAUUCAGGCUGAUAGGCUGCGCUACCGGAAUGUCAUCCAGCGAGUUAUUAGGCACAUGACUCAGGGCUUGGACAUGUCUGGUGUUUUCAUGGAAAUGGUGAAGGCCAGUGCCACUGUAGAUAUUGUUCAGAAAAAGUUGGUUUAUCUGUAUAUGGGCACAUAUGCACCUUUGAAACCAGAUCUGGCGCUCUUGGCCAUCAAUACACUAUGCAAAGACUGCUCAGACCCCAACCCAAUGGUUCGAGGACUGGCACUCCGGAGUAUGUGUAGCCUCAGGAUGCCUGGUGUACAGGAAUAUAUCCAACAGCCUGUUCUUAAUGGUCUGCGGGAUAAAGCUUCCUAUGUCAGAAGAGUUGCUGUCCUUGGCUGUGCCAAGAUGCAUAAUCUUCAUGGAGACUCUGAAGUGGAUGGCGCUCUAGUCAAUGAGUUAUACAGUCUCCUGCGUGACCAGGAUCCAAUUGUGGUUGUGAACUGUCUGAGGUCUCUAGAGGAAAUUUUAAAACAUGAAGGAGGUGUUGUCAUUAAUAAGCCCAUUGCCCACCAUCUCUUAAAUAGAAUGUCAAAAUUGGAUCAAUGGGGCCAGGCUGAGGUAUUGAACUUUCUGCUCCGCUACCAACCUCGAAGUGAGGAGGAACUGUUUGAUAUUCUCAAUUUGUUGGACAGCUAUCUCAAGAGUAGCAGCAUAGCUGUGGUGAUGGGAGCCACCAAACUUUUUCUGAUCUUGGCAAAAAAGUUCCCCCAUGUACAAACGGAUGUGCUUGUACGAGUCAAGGGACCCUUGCUAGCUGCCUGUUCUUCAGAGAGCCGUGAGCUCUGUUUUGCUGCCCUCUGUCAUGUUCGCCAAGUCUUGCAUAGUUUGCCAGGUCACUUCAGCAGCCACUACAAAAAGUUUUUCUGCUCUUACUCGGAGCCGCACUAUAUCAAGCUACAGAAGGUGGAAGUGCUGUGUGAGCUGGUGAAUGAUGAGAAUGUGCAGCAGGUGCUGGGAGAACUCCGAGGGUACUGCACUGACGUGUCUGCAGACUUUGCACAGGCUGCCAUCCUUGCCAUAGGUAGCAUUGCCAAGACUUACACAGACCAGUGUGUUCAGAUUCUAACAGAGUUGCUGGGCCUCCGACAAGAACACAUCACUACAGUGGUGGUGCAGGCUUUCCGAGACCUGGUUUGGUUGUGCCCUCAGUGUACUGAAGCUGUGUGUCAGGCCCUGCCUGGCUGUGAGGAGAACAUUCAAGACAGUGAGGGAAAACAGGCACUUAUUUGGUUACUUGGGGUCCAUGGGGAAAAAAUCCCCAAUGCUCCUUAUGUGUUGGAAGACUUUGUAGAAAAUGUGAAGUCUGAGACAUUUCCUGCUGUUAAGAUGGAGCUACUGACUGCACUAAUGCGCCUUUUCCUCUCACGCCCUGCUGAGUGCCAAGACAUGCUGGGACGUCUAUUGCACUACUGCAUAGAGGAAGAGAAGGAUAUGGCUGUACGAGACCGAGGUCUCUUCUAUUAUCGCCUCCUGUUAGUUGGUGUUGAUAAAGUUAAGCAGAUCCUGUAUAGUCCUAAAUCUGACCCUUCUCUUGGACUUUUGGAGGAUCUGCCAGAACGACCUGUGAAUAGUUGGGCUUCAGAUUUCAACACACUGGUGCCAGUGUAUGGCAAAGCCCACUGGGCAAUCAUCUCUAAAUGCCAGAAGAUAGAGCGUCAUCGCCUUGAACUUCCUGCCAAUGCAUCCUUGGCCACAUCAGGUCAGUUGACUUCUGAGGAGAACAAAGAAGGAACACAAGCAUCUCCUGAUUCUGAAGCUCUCAUGCUGGUCCCCAAUCUCCAGCUUACUGCUGAGUAUUUUGAGAAAACAUGGCUUAACCUCAAAGUUGCUCAUCAACAGGUGUUUUCUUGGCAGGGAGAAGUCCAGCCCGACACUCUCCAAAUGGCUCUAAAAGUAGUGAACGUUCAGACCAUUGCAAUGAGCAGGGCCGGGGCACAGCCCUGGAAAGCCUAUCUCAGCGCUCAGGAUGAUACUGGUUGUCUCUUCUUAACUGAAUUGCUGUUGAAGCCUGAGAACUCAGAAAUGCAAAUCUCUGUGAAACAGAGUGAAGCCAGGACUGAAACACUGCAUGGUUUUGUUUCUGUAUUAGAAACUGUGAUUGGAACAAUUGGAAACAUAAAAUCUUAAUGGUCUUGCUGCUUGCCUUGGGGUGAGACAAACGGCUUUCAGAGUUCCUUCAUUUUCUUGUAGAGCUACUUGUAAGUCCACCUAUCAAAUGGAGAAGAGAAUGGGCAGUCUGGGAGUCCCAGCGUCUCCUUCCUUGUUCCCCUUCAGCCUGCCAGGGAUUGAUCCCAUUGUUAAAGGAGAAUGUUACAUGGUAGUAUUGGUAGGUGGUAAGGAUGGGGUAAGGAUAGGAUGGAGAUAUUUCUCUGAUCAUUUUAGGGGUUGUGUUUAUUCAGUAUACCUGGUAGCUGUCAUCAUUUUUGAAGGUCUUUUUUUCUUGAGUAAACUGUUCUUGUAUUUCUAGGCAUGCUUUUUAGAUUAGGAUCCAAACGUUCUUAAUGUGGCAUCUAAAGUACCUCUUCAGUGUCAUGGCUCAUCACUCCUGAAACACCCUCCCUCUAUUCUGACCAAGUGGUUUACCAAAGGGGGAAAAAAAAAAACCAAAGCUGGUUUAUUGCAGUUCUCUGAGUGCUCUUUCAUCCUGGACCUUAACAUCUGUUUCUCGCCUGAGCAGUUUCCUCACUCUCAUGUCUCAACAGGUAGUGUGUCUUUCUUAGUUGUGAGCUCUUUCAGGACGUUUUUCUGUGACAAUCUCUGCCUUCAUUAGGAAUCUUUAUUUAAACUGUCAAAGCUGCCAUGCAGGACCUGAGGGUGUAACUCAGUCAGUAGAGUACUCCAUUAGCAUGCACAGACCCCAAGUUCUACCUACAGCACCACAAAAAAUGGAGUACAGGGUACAUGCCUGUAAUCCCAGUGUUCAGGAUGAUUAGUUCUAGGUCAGUGUCAGCUACAGUAGAAUGUUUGAGGCCAGUUUGGGAUACAUGAGACACUGUCAAGAAAAAAAAAGAGGAAUCCUGGUGAGAUGACUUAGGUAAGGUGCUUGCUGCCAAGCUUGCAAGCUUAAGUUGGAUACCCCUGACUCACAUUGUUGAAGGAGAGAACCAGCUUCUACAUGUUUAUUCUCUGACGUUCAUUCACACAUAUGCUGUGGUACAAAGUAUACUCUACUACACUCAAUAAGUACAUUUAAAAAAAAUGUUUGGUGAUCUGGCAUGAUGACCUGAGAUCAAUCCUCAGAACCCAUUUAAUAGAAGGAGAGAACUGGCUCCCAAAGGUUGUUGUCUGACCUCCUUUCAUACACUGUGUCGUGUGUGUAUGUGCCCCUCCCCCAAAUAAAUAAUAACUCUUGAAAUGUU